UUGCACCUGUUCAGCACAACCAGCGAUUUACGAGCUGGAACCAUUCGAGGAAUUUGAAUUUACAACUCUGGAGUGGUGGGUUGAUUAUUGCAUUGAAAAUCCGGACAAGUUCUUUUUUAAUAUUGAGAACUGGCUAGUCGCGUAUUUUGCAACAAAAUUUGCAUAUCUAUGACGAAAUAUCUGACGUCACAGAACAACAAAAAUGGCUGACCUCGGAGGGGAGGAGCUGCCGCAGAUUGAAGAAAGUUCCGAACAACCGUCGACUUCUCGCGAGGAAGAUGUGGAAAUCGCCGAACCAGUCAAGAAAAGGGCCAAGAAGGAAUACGGGGACGGAAAGCGGCCCGAGGAAGACAGACUUGAGAGAAGACUGAACGGAAUUCUGUGCUGCACGGUUUGCCUGGACCUGCCCAAAUCUGCUGUUUACCAGUGUACAAAUGGACACCUGAUGUGUGCCGGCUGUUUUACACACCUGUUAGCAGAUGCUAGGCUGAAGGAUGAGCAGGCGUCCUGCCCAGGGUGCCGCACGGACAUCAGUCGCGGGAACUGUUCCCGCAACCUGGCCGUGGAGAAGGCAGUGAGCGAGCUGCCAGCAAACUGUCAGUAUUGUAGCUGCCAGUACCCUCGGAGCAAGCUAGAGAAGCAUGAGACAGAGGAGUGCCAGGACAGGUUGACAAAUUGCAAGUACCGUCGCAUUGGCUGCCAGUGGAGAGGACCGUUCCAUGAGCACAAAGAACACGAACAGGACUGUUGCCAUCCAAAAAAGAGUGGGGCAGACAUAACGGAGGCCUUGGAUGUAAUAGACCUAAAGCACAAGGAGGAACUGGAAUUGUUCAACCAUAUUUUCAACCUCCUCUCCUUUGAGAAGAUUGGCUUUGCUGAUAUCCAGCUGCGCCCUUACCGUACGGAUGAGUUCAUCACACGUCUCUACUACGAGAGCCCUCGCUUCACUGUCCUCAACCAGACCUGGGUGGUGAAGGCACGCAUCAACAACAACGAUCGCGAGCCCAACUUGACGGUACAUCGCCAGAUCAGCUACCAGAUCAUCCUCAAGUCAAAGGUGAACACCAGUAUAGACAUGAACUUCCUGGUGAUGAAGGGACCAUACGACGACGUGAAGCUCGAAGCCGCCGUCAAACGCUUCCAGUUCUCCUCGGACAGCCUGGAGACGGACUACUACGACUUCCCCCUGGUCACCGCCGCCGAGUGUAACAAGCUGCUCGCCGCCAGAAACAUCAACCUCCGGAUAUUCAUGUUCCAGGUCCAGAAGUAGGCUGGCAUCAAGCCGUGGAUAUUCAUGUGCGAGGUCCAGAAGUACUUGUAGCAUGCUCACGGCGCAACAAUCAGUUGCAGCUUUGUUAUACUCAAAAAUUAACACUGGAACAGAUUUUGCUCAUCUUGCCAAGUUCAAGGAGGAUGGAGAAAGAACAUCCACCUGUAUUACAAUCCCUGAAUAAAUCAAACCACAUCUUAUGACUGUGAAGACGGUA